CUCACAUUACGGGAACUGUUGCAUGAAAGCGGGUAACCCCCACCUCUCCUCUACACCACCAUGGCUGGCGCUGUGAACAGCUCCGAAGGACGCAAUCCGUCGUACCUCUCCGCGCAUAGCGCCGACGUCAUUCUGUCCGACAUUCGUCCCAUUAAAUUGAAGGUCGAGGCACUUCAUUCAAUUAACGUCUUUCUCGAUGAAUUCCUUUAUAACAUCAUCAAUACUGCGCAAUCUCUCGUUACCGACAGGCUUAGAGCUGGAUUGUUGAGCCUUCUACCGACUCCACUAGGAAAGGAGGCGUUGCUGGAAGCGGAAGUCGAGCUGAGGGCGUACAAAGACCGGACAAAGACCGCAAAGACUGUCGAGGAUGACAAGGACACAUUUAAUUUGGCGUGGGCAUUCGAGCUGUUGCGAUUGAAAUGCCAGGCAUAUUCGACUCUCAAUGAAUCGGACGAAGACCCUGCUGGUGAAGGCCUUCUUGAAGAACGAAUGAGCCAUGGUCACCUACAUGCACCAUCGCCGACGCUGGUAGCUCCUGCAGCGCUCUAUCUCACCGCGAUUCUCGAAGCCAUGUGCGAGCAUAUCUUGUCUAACGUUGGACGGGUGGCAUCAAGAGACAGCAGCAGAACAUCCGCAAUUGUCCAGGAUGUCUUCGUGGCAUUAUGUGAGGACGAGACAAUUUAUGGGCUCUUCAAAAUAAUGAAGGUGUAUUCUCAGAUCGAGGAAAUGUCUAAGUUGAGUCGUAGCAAGUCCAUAUCGAGGAGCGAUAAGCUUUCCAUCUCUCGCACCUCUUCUCCGUACGACAUGUCUUCCAAAGAUUCUCGCAUUUCCUCAGAAGCUUCGUCUUCCAUGAUGGCUCACACGCCGACAGGGUCCAGAACGUCCCUGGAUAAGAACAAGUCCAUGAAAAAAAUAAUUUCAAACAGCAGCAGGUUAUCUUCUGACACGAACAACACCCACAAGCGAUCCGAAUCCAUCCUUAGCGAGGAGACUAAGCAGACUUGGGCCGCUUUCAAUCAAGGUCUUUCGUUUGACGACGGUGCUUCGCUCCAGGAAUUCGACGACCUCAUGCGUUCAGGUUCUACCAUGAAAGUCUCCCUGACUCCAGAUAGGCUGAAGUCUAUGGAGGCCUACAAACAGGAAAGGGACCGUGGUAAUAGACGGCUCCCACCCCUUUUCUCAUCUGAACUUGACCCUUCAUCGUCACCACCGCGAGCAAACGGCCGUCGUCCGUCGUUGCGACACGUCCACUCCAUCACUGAAGACGAGGAACCGCUCUCUUCCUCGCCGGUGCCGUCUCCUCGCGCACGUCAGUCUAUUGCUACCCCUAAUUCACCUCCACCUUUGUCCGGCAGUCGCGUUCGGUCAUUCUCCGUCGCGAGCCUGUCUUCGUCGUCGUCAUCCUCCCGUUUCCGCAAAUACUCCAAACCAUCCAUUCCUUUCGCGCCUUCAAAGCCAGCGACACCGCCGCCAGCACCGAUGGCCCAGUCUAGGCGAGGGGGGCUUAAAGGUUCCGAUGCAAGUCCCUUCCCACCUAAGACCCGGACUGUCCAGCGCAACAGGGAGUCUCUAGAUCUUGAUGAUGUUAUGGCUGGUUCUGACGACGAUGACUACGAUGAGGCCGUGAAGGAGCCAUCAAAGCGCUUGCCUCUGUCUGUUCUGACAACUCCUAAACGGGUUGCCAAAGUUUCGUCCAAUACACGCGAACUGAUGGACUUUCUGGAUGCAGGACCUCCAUCCACAGGCCCCCCUUCUACCGUUCCCAAGGUGUCCAGGGCUGCGAAGGACAUGAUGGACUUUCUCAAUGAAGGACCUCCAGAAUACAUAAUGGGGUCCACGUCCGUGUCGUCUACGGAUAUUGAGAAGCCGAAGAGCGGGAGGCUUCAAAGGAUGAUGUCGAAGCUCUCAAUGGGCGGCGAAAAAAGCCGUGGAACUCAAGGAAACGAUGACUUUGGAAGGUCAAUUCGGCGCCAACCAAGCACUCCAAUCAUUCAUAGUAAACCUUCCCACCCUAAUCUCCCAGCCCUUGCCAAUAGGCCCAUUCCACCGCGUCCCCCUCCGAUCUCGCCUCCGGCCUCGCCUCAUGACCAUUACGAUGAUUUCAGUGUGACGCGGCCAAAAAUGCCUCUAGUUGCGAGUACGGUCAUACCCAAGGUGGAGGUGGAGGCCCCGUCGGUUCCUACCAAAACAGAUACCCAGGAAGUCGUACUAUCUCAACCACCUGUCAUUGGUCAUAGUGUCAAAAAGGGUGAAGACGCUGUUGUCGCUUCUAAGGCCAAUCAUUCACCGGCCAGUGGGACAGAGAAGUCGCCUUCAUCUUCUAUGCAUUCUAGCGAGAAAUCUUCUCCGAUCAAACCAACGGAGAAUCCUUCAUCAAGGGCUUCUAACAUCAUCCGCAAAGCUCCACCUCCAAUUGUUCCCGACGCGCCGCCACAGACGGUCGUCAAUGACAUGCAGGAUAUGCAUCGCUUGAUGUCACGGGCGACGACCGUUGAUGAGUGUCGUGUCAUUUUGGAGCUCUUCCUUGCGAAAUCGGGUGUUGCAGGAGACAAGGCCAUUGAGAUGGAAGUUCCAUACCCCUCACCUUCUUCGUCUGAUAUCCCAGAGUUAACGACGUCUGACAUUGCCCUGGAGCAAGCAUUGGUGGAAUACUUUUUGGGUUCGGAGGUCACACCAGAAGGACCCCCUCUUCGAAAGAAAAAGCACAGUUCGAGGAGGAUAAAGGCUGUGCCCGCAGUCGAGGUUGCCCCGCCCCCCCCAUCUUCCGGGGCAGUUACGUCGGUCAUGGAAGAUGUUACCCCAAAACAUACCCCCGCGGUCAUUGAAGUCAACUCGUAGUUUCCUUCUUCUGUGGCGACACUGAUUCUAUGAUCUGUUUAUAUAUGAGUUAUAUGUGAAGCUGGUACUUAGACGUGUGUUAUACUGCUUAUAUCCUCAUUCAUUUAUAUUAUGCUAUAUCCUUUUGGUGUAUAUAAUGCGGAAUCCUACUGAUCUAAGGUGUGCAAGGAUGGUAACCACCGAG